AUGGCUUGUGUUCCAGAGCUGCUCUUGGAUACUUUGGAAGAGCUGGUUGAUAAAGACCUUCGGAAAUUCCAGUGGUACCUUUACAAUGAUGUCCUUGAAGGAUUUCCUCAUAUUCCAAAGUCUCGGGUCGAUGGGGUGGACAGGCCAGGCACUGUGGAUCUUGUGGUGCAGACAUAUGGCUACGAUGGUGCUGUUACUGUCACUGUGGAUAUAUUGAUGAGGAUGAAACUCAGACUGCUGGCUGAAACCCUAAAGAAUAACGUUGAAGCAGAAACUGACCACCAUGCGAUCCGAGAAAGACUGAAAUCUACUUUGAAGGAAAAGUGUCAAAACAUUUAUGAGGGGAACGCAGAUGAAGGGGACACCGUCUACCUGAACAAAAUCUACACAGAGCUGCACGUGAUCGAAGGAGCCUGGGGAGGCUUCAGUGAGGAGCACGAGGUCAGACAACAAAGGGCCAAGCCUGUUACAGCAGAAGAAACCUCCAUUAGGACUAGCGACAUUUUCAAACCAAAACCCGACCAAGAGAAGCGAAUCAGAACUGUGCUUACCCUGGGUAUACCCGGAGUGGGCAAAACUGUCUGUGCACAGAAGUUUACCCUUAACUGGGCAGAAGGAGAAGAAAAUCAGGACAUCGACUUCCUCUUCCCACUUCCUUUCCGCGAACUAAAUCCCAACAUAGACGAGAAGGAAUACAGUCUGAUGCAGCUGCUCCAUCAGUUCUUCCCUGAGAUGAAACCUUUGGAGAAGCUUGGAACAGAAUGCAAAGUGCUCUUCAUCUUUGACGGCCUCGACGAGACUCUUCUCCCCUUGAAUUUCAAACACAACAAGGUCUUGAGAGAUGAGACGGAGCCUGCCUCGCUCGACGUGCUCAUCACAAACCUCAUCACGGGGGAUCUGCUCGGCAACGCGCUCAUCUGGAUCACCUCCAGGCCUGCGGCAGGCAGCCGGAUCCCCCGAAAGCACAUCCACCAGUGGACUGAGGUGAAGGGCUUCGCUAAUGACCAGAGGGAGGAAUACUUUAAGAGACGGGUGCGCGAUGAUAACCUCGCCAUCAGGAUCAUCAACCAUGUGAAGUCAUCAAGAAGCCUCUACAUCAUGUGUCAAAUCCCAGUUUUCUGCUGGAUCACUGUCACUGUGAUGAAGAAGAUGCUGCGUGACAAUGUGACUGGAGGGCUGCCCAACACCCUGACUGAGAUGUAUGUGUAUCUCCUUCUCUGCCAGACAGACCGGAUGACUGAAGGGCACUACCCAAUGAAAAGUGACAAUGUUGUUUUGAAGCUAGCAGAGCUGGCGUUCCGUCAGCUGGAGAAAGGCAAACUGAUCUUCUAUGAGGCUGACCUGAGAGAGUGUGGCAUGGAUGUCAAAGAGGCGACCAUCUACUCAGGAGUUUGCACAGAGGUCUUUGCGAUGGAAGGAAGGAGGAGACGAGAGGUUUUUAGCUUUGUACAUUUGACCAUCCAGGAGUUUCUGGCAGCUGUGUAUGCCCAUUACUUGUACAUGGAAAGAAAGGACAAUGUUCUGCUUGGAUACCUGAAAAGGAUGACCACAAGAUGGCUGCCCAAGUCUGUGUUCGAUUUUCAUAAGACUGCCAUUGAAAAAGCCUUGGAGAGUCCGGACGGCCACUGGGACCUGUUCCUUCGCUUCCUUCUGGGACUCUCACUGAAGUCGAACCAGGAGCUCCUCGGUAGAAUACUGCAUUUGGAAGCAGAGGGAGAAGAGGAUGUGGCGAGAACCAUCCAGUUUAUCAAGGGAAAGAUCAAUGAAGAACCAGAAGCCAAGCUCAAUUUGUUCCACUGUCUGAGUGAGCUCAAAGAGGAAUCUUUAGUGCAGGAGAUUCAGAGCUUCGUGAGCUCUGGGAGGCUUGCAGGCAAAAAGCUGUCUCCAGUCCAGUGGUCCGCUCUCACGUUUGAGCUGAUGACAUCGGAGGCAGCCGAGGAGGAGUUUGACCUGAAGAAGUUCAUAAGGUCAGAGGAGGGGAUGGUGAAGCUGCUGGCUGUCAUUACUUCCUCCACACGUGCUCUGCUAAAUCGCUGCAACCUCACGGAGAACUGCUGUGAAGUUUUGGCUUCCGCACUAAGCUCGACCUCCUCCCAUUUAACAGCUCUAGACCUGAGUGACAACAAUCUGAAGGAUGCCGGGGUGAAGCUGCUUUCUGUUGGAUUAAGGAGUCCACAUUGCAAACUGAAGAGUUUAAGAUUACAUAAGUGUAAGCUGGAAGGAGACUGCUGUGAAGCACUGGCUGUUGCUGUCAGCACAGAGUCCACCCAACUCAGAGAGCUGGACCUGAGUGCUAAUGACCUCCAGGAAACAGGACUGAAGGCUCUGUGUGUGGGACUGCACAGCCACCACUGCAAACUGGAAACACUGAGGUUGAAUCAGUGUAAGCUGAGAGAGGGCUGCUGUGAACAUUUGGCUUCAGUUUUAAACUCAGGCUCAUCUCACCUGAAAACUCUUGACCUGAGCAACAACACCUUGAAGGAUUCUGGUGUAUCUCUGCUUGCUGUUGGACUCAGGAGUCCUCAAUGCAGACUAGAAACACUCAGACUUAGCUGGUGUGGCCUGACACAGAAAUGCUGCGAUCCCAUUGGUUCAGCUCUCAGCUCUGACUCUGCCCACCUCAAAGAGCUAGACCUGACAGGAAACAACCUGAAGGGUCCAGGCAUAGAGCUGCUGUGCUCUGGACUCCGAAGUCAGCACUGUAAACUGGAGACAUUAAGAUUAAACGAGUGCAAUCUCGAGAAAUGCUGUGCUGAUUUGGCCUCAGUCCUCAGCGCCGACAGCUCUCACCUGAAGGAGCUCGAUCUGAGUGGGAACGACCUGCAGGACUCAGAGGUGGAGCUGCUCUCUGCUGGACUGGCAAGUCCAGACUGUACACUGGAGAGAUUAAGGCUGUCGUUCUGCGGAGUCACAGAAGAGGGCGUCACUCAUUUGGCUUCAGCACUGAACUCCAACCCUUCCCACCUGAGGCAGCUGGACCUCAGCUACAACUACCUGCAGGACUCCGGAGUGAAGCUGAUCUCUGUUCAUCGGGACAGCUCUCUCUGUAAACUAGAAAACCUCAGUGUGGAUCAUAACGCUGAGUGUUACUUGAAAUCAACACUGAAAAACUAUGCAUGUUCACUGACGCUGGACACAAACACAGCUGCCGCGUCUCUCUUCCUGUACGACGGGGGAAAGCAGGUGACCUGGGUCAGGGAGAGACAGAAGUACCCAGAUCACCCCGAGAGGUUCGAGAGCGUCUCCCAGGUGCUCUGUCACCAAGGCCUCACCCAGCGGCACUACUGGGAGGUGGAGUGGCGUGGACGCUGGGUGGACGUCGCCGUGGCGAUGAGGAGAAUCAGUCGGAGGGCGAGCUCUCACCUCUGUGGGUUUGGCUACACUGACCAGUCCUGGAGUCUGUACUGCUCUGAGGAUCACUACAGCGCUCAGCACGACAACCAGUCUGUGGAAAUACCAGCACCUCCGUCUCACUCCCACAGGGUCGGAGUCUACCUGGACUGGCCCGGCGGCACCCUGUCCUUCUAUGUGGUGUCCUCUGGGACCCUCAGACACAUUCACACAUUCUACAAUAACUUCACUGAACCUCUCUACCCCGGGUUUGGGAUGGAGGAGGAUGACUGCUCUGUCACUAUUUGUACAGUGGCGGGCAUGCAAGAACUCAUUUCUCAGUCUGCUGCUGUAGAAAGAAUUGAUUAG